ACUCUAAACCGGUAUUCUACGUACUGUACAGCAAUUUCUCACGUACAGUAUAGUACUGUACAUUGCUAAGAAUACGUGGGCGUGUAACGUAUUCGACCAUGCGACAUUCGGAGUGCUUUAUACCCUUUCCGUCUUCGCGCGCACGGUCCGGAAGAAAUUGCGUGGUUAUUCGUGUGCUAAUGUCUGCGGUCGUCAGAAUGUGAUUGAAUAUACCGCGAAACCAUUUCUCACCUGUGGUUAUCGUCGAUUAGUGUUCGUAUUAAACUAUAGCUGAUCUGUGUUCUAUCUUCAGUCAAUAUUUACUGCGAACGAAACGCCAUGGAUUAUAGUCUGAGGUGCAUGAAAGAGAUUCCUCGGGUUCCAUACGCUGCUAAUGUGAUCAACGCAGUAACGAGCGCUGAGAAACAACUGAAGGAUGCGAGAAUUCCGCUCCUGUCCUCGGUGAUUGAAGGCGGAGAAAGCGUUGCCAACUGGAUUCUCAGCUUCAAGCUCAUCGCCAUGUUUGUCGCUUUUGCCGACUGGAGCCUGACUAAAGCUCUUCAAGUUGCCCUUUUUUGCGCUGAAAAAACCGCAUCCUUGCUGACCGAACCGAAAACAGCCGUACAGCAUGCCAACAAUUCUGCAGCUGAGGUGACUGAGGAUGAGACUGAGGAGCAAAUGACUUCGGAACCAGAAAAGCCCGCGGUUGAGCACAGAGCGCCGCGGCGGUACUCGUACGAAGCAAAGGAGCAGAAGCCUAUAAUAAGUGAUGAAGAGGUGUCUCCGAAGAAUGAGUCUAGCGAAUCCCCUACUCCCGCCGUCGCCGAAAUUAAUGGAGAGGAUGAUGCGAGAAUUCCGCUCCUGUCCUCGGUGAUUGAAGGCGGCGAAAGUGUUGCCAACUGGAUUCUCAGCUUCAAGCUCAUCGCCAUGUUUGUCGCUUUUGCCGACUGGAGCCUGACUAAAACUCUUCAAGUUGCCCUUUUUUGUGCUGAAAAAACCGCAUCCUUGCUGGCCGAACCGAAAACAGCUGUACAGCAUGCCAACAAUUCUGCAGCUGAGGUGACUGAGGAGACAGAGGAGCAAAUGACUUCGGAACCAGAAAAGCCCGCGGUUGAGCACAGAGCGCCGCGGCGGUACUCGUACGAAGCAAAGGAGCUGAAGCCUAUAAUAAGUGAUGAAGAGGUGUCUCCGAAGAAUGAGUCUAGCGAAUCCCCUACUCCCGCCGUCGCCGAAAUUAAUGGAGAGGAUGAAGAAUGGAAGACUGCGGAAAGGGGAUAUGAUGAAGUGGAUGAAGAGGAAUCUGUAGAUGAACCCGCAGAUGAACCAGAGCCAACAGUACAGGUUGAGGAAUGUGAUGAUGACGAGGGAGGAGAGGACGUGGACUAUGGAGAAUUUGCGGAGGAGAUGGAUGGUGAAACUAACAAGUCUGCGGAGGAAGGAGAUUUAACUGGAGGUCAUGAUUAAGGGUCAUUCGGUACUUGAUAUGAUAACGAUCUCUCGCUUUUUUUUCAAAUCUGUGGUGAAAGUGUCAAAUGUGGGGAAUACAAAUCGUCAAACUUUCAUUUACA